UUGUCAAGCAAUAUUUGAAACUUCUCAAUGUUUUCCAAUAGCAAGCAGACAGACCACCACUUACACACUCCCACGCCAAACACUUGUGCUAACGCACACUUCGCAGAUAAAAUGUGACAAAGAAUCACCUUGCGCGAACUGCCGCAUUGCCAGGCGAAUAUGCAGCUCUACCGGGCUCGGGCAAAAGCCCAAGGAAGCCCGGCAGCGGGUGCUCAUUUCGAGUCAAUACGAGCGCAAGAUCGACAUGAUUGAGGAACGGCUAGGAGGCAUUGAGGAGCUCCUGCAGAACCUAACCAAUGCCACGCUGUCGUUAGGAGCCCCGGCAUCGCCUCAAGCACCAGGCAAGCAGACAUCUUUGUCCAACAUAUCUUCUCCAGCGUCGCAAAGGCGUCAUGGUGGCCAGGCAUCAUUUGAUGCAGGCACUGGCCCGUCAUCAUCUCACAGCAAGAGCCCAGCAGGGCCGGCCACGACGAAUUCCACCGACGAGACCAUGAGUACGGUGUUUGACCCGCAGGACGCAUCCAACUUUGAAGGUGCCUCGUCGACGGCUGCACAUGCUGCUUUCGCGUCCGAGUUCCUCGAGAACGCCGUGCACAAGACGAGCAUGCUGCAUGAUGGCAGUGCCAGCGGAGCGAAGAUGGAUAUCGCCCUUGCGUCAUUGCGGCAGAUUGUCGGCAUGCAGCAGAAUCGUCGGGGAGGCCUUUCAGCAUCAUUUGAGAAUUUUGGCGGCGAGAGCGGCAGUGGUUGUGUCAACGACGUUGGCGAGAAGCAUCUGCACAAGAUGAACCUGCGGGAUCUGCAACUACCUCCCAUGGCGCUUGUGGUUGAGAAGCUCAAGGAGCUGAAAAACACGCCAGCACCUCCAAUGCUUACCGUCGUCUCGGCUUUCAUCGACGCCGAGACCUUCACAGACCGUUGUCGGCGAGUCUAUUUCAGCACUGAAGAACCGACAGAGUCGGCAUUCAUCGUCGUCAACUCAGGACUCAUUACCCUCUUUUUUGAGGCGUCACUAGAGGUUGGAGACUCUGAUCCCGUGAAGCGAGCCCAGUAUGAAGCUUGCACGGCAAUGUGCCAGAACAACCUCGAGGUCGCCCUUGCCCAGAUGCCAUUGAUGAUGCCGGCAACUCUCGACAAUGUCGAGGCGCUUCUCAACGGUGCCUCUUUCAGCGUUGAAGUCUCACGCCCAUCCCUUGCAUGGCUCUUGACGAGUCGGGCGGUGCACAUGUGCCGGGCGCUGGGUAUCCAAGACGUGUCCACAAUGACAAACGAUCCGCCGGAAGUGGUCGCUCGUAAGACACUACUCUUCUGGAGUGCUUACCUCCUAGAUCGAGGCCUGUCGCUCCGGCUCGGCCGAGCGAGUAUCUUGCAGGAUUACGAUAUCAAUUUCCCCCAGAACCUUGACCAUAUCGAUGGACCUUUUCCGGCGAGAGAAAUAUUCACCAUAUGGAUCAAGCAUGCUUCAUGCCAGGGACGUAUAUAUGAGCGACUGUACUCUCCGGGCGCGCUGCGCCAGUCCGAAGCAUCCCGAGUUGAGCAUGUUCGGGCAUUAGCGGCUGAGGAACUUGAGAUCCUGGAGCACUCGCAAGCGGUUUCCGCAGAAUUGUCGCGGCGACGAGAAGCGGAUACAAGUAGUGAUCCACAAAGUCGCAUUUUUCAGCAGAUUCUCCGAAGCGACGAGAUUGGCUAUCACUCGACUUUGGCGUUGAUAUAUCGUGCCUUGCCUCCGGCGCCGGGUGCACGCAGCAAGACUUUCGCAGACGAGUGCUGCGAAGCGGCGUACUCGGCUAUCCGCGUACAUCUAGAAGUGGUGGCAUUAAUGGAGGGACAGAACUCCAUGAUGAUUGCGCAUCUGCACUGGACCGUGUUAUACGCACCCUUCAUACCAUUCAUUGUCAUAUUCUGCCUGCUCAUUGAGACAUGCGCCGAUCCGAUGGCCUCGUACGACGUUUCUGCAGACCUGCAGCUUAUGUCGAACUUUGUCAACUCUCUGGAAGCGGCAAUCGAUUUCUCUCCCUCCGUCAGCCGCAUGCACCGUCUCUGCCAAGUCCUGCACAAUGUUGCGUCCCUAUAUGUCGAAGCCAAGGCGCAGCAACAGUCUAUGCUCCUGCAGCAAGGGCAACAACAGCAGAGCAGGCUACACCAGCAGGCACAACGCCAAGACGACGGCGGUUCCUAUAUGCGCGGCACUGCAGCCGAAGCAUCAGCACAGGACCCAACUCAAGCCGGCAGUGGCGGUGUUGGUAAUAGCAACAACGGCGAAAUGGGCGGCAUCCCGCUCGACGUGCGCGAGUUUGACAUGUACUUGAGCCAGUUGGGUUUCAUGCCAGGGCAGUACCAGCAAGCACAAGCACAAGCACAAGCACAAGCACAAGCCCAGCAAGAGCAAGGCGUCAACGCCGCAAACGCAGACCAGCUCGACGCCACCAUGCUCGGCGGUGGCGCGAGCGGAUCACAUAGUGGGAUGGAGGGCAUGCUCCCGUCAGCUAGCAGCAAUAGCGGUGUUCCUAUGCAACAGCAGCAGCAGCAGCAACAACAAGGGUCCGUGUUACAGCAGCCCCUGACGACGAAUCAGCUCGGUGACUGGUUCUCGGGUAACAACUACAUGCUGGGUUUGCUAGAAGAGGAUCUAUCGGGGAUACACACGUUCAACUGGACGCCGUGAGGAGAUCGAAGUAGCUAG